AUGACUUCCCUGGACCCUUUAAUGAAUACUCAAAACAAAUCAAAUAACCGUUAUGGGACCGUUGAUAUGGAUUUCUCAAACUUAUACUCUGCUCCAGAUGUAACAGAGACAGAAUCUGAUAUAUUUUCGAUCAAUAAGAAUAACGGGGAUCGCAACCUUCUUGCAUCCCCAAAGAGAGAACGUAUAAUUAUAAACGGUAAUAUCAGAAACACUAAACUAAGUUUUUGGGAUGUUGCUCCUUACUAUAUGCCUUGCUUUGUUUGGAUCCGUACUUAUUCAUGGUCGAUGUUCUUUGGCGACCUGCUUGCAGGAAUAUCGUUAGCGUCAUUUCAAAUUCCAUUGGCUUUAUCAUAUGCUACUUCAUUAGCUCACGUAGAACCACUCUGUGGACUAUAUUCACUAGCAAUAACACCAUUCAUUUAUGCUAUUUUUGGAUCUGUCCCCCAUAUGAUUGUAGGUCCCGAGAGUGCUUUAUCUUUAGUCAUGGGUCAAACAAUAGAGAAAAUAAUGAGCCACAACGAGGAACUUAAAUCAGUAGACCUAGCAGCAAUCGUUACAUUUGUUGCAGGAAUCACAUUACUGGUAGCCGGCAUUUGUAGAAUAGGAUUCCUAGGAAGUGUUUUGAGUAGAGCUCUUCUUCGUGGGUUUAUUAGCUCUGUUGGGUUUGUCAUGGUUAUAAAUUCUUUAAUAUCUGAACUUAAAUUGAACAAAGUAAUGUUAGAGAGUCCAGGUCACCAUCAUACAGCAUUUGAAAAAGCCAUUUUCUUAAUUAAAUAUGGACCAGAAAAUUAUCAUAAGGCAACUGCAAUCGUCAGUGUGAGUUGUUUUACCAUUUUAAUGGCAAUUCGUUUCGCUAAAAGAAAAUUAUCAAAAAAGUUUAAAUGGAUUGUAAUUUUUCCAGAAAUUUUAUUGGUUGUGGUACUAACGAUAUAUUUAUCUGUCAAAUUUAGUUUUAAAAAAAAGUAUGGAAUAGCUGUAUUAGGUGAUUUUAACUCAGGGAGUUUCGAAGGUUUGGUAAAUCCUGUCUCAAAAAGAAAUAGAUCGACAUUUUCAAUAAUAUAUGAAGUAGGAAUUGUUAUUGCAUUGCUGGGUUUUUUCGAAUCCACGACUGCGUCAAAAUCACUUGGCGGUAUCGACAACUCUACCGUGUCAUCUAACAGAGAACUUAUAGCAAUGGGUAUAAUGAAUGUCGGAGCUUCAGUAUUUGGUGCCUUACCUGCAUUUGGUGGUUACGGUAGAUCAAAAAUUAAUGCAAUGUCUGGUGCCAAAAGUGUGGUAUCUGGUGUAUUUAUGGGCUUGAUUACCUUGUUCACUAUACGGUUUCUAUUACCUACUAUUAGAUACACCCCCAUAUGUGUUCUUUCAGUAAUAACUACAAUUGUGGGUAUCAGCCUACUAGAGGAAGCACCUAAUGAUAUUAAAUUUCAUAUUGCGUGUCGGGGUUAUAAUGAAUUGGUUAUUUUUACACUAACAUUUUUAACAACAAUAUUUUAUUCUGUGGAUGUUGGAAUCAGCAUCGGUUUUAUUUAUUCCCUUCUUUACAUUGUCAAAAGAUCAGCAAAGUCUCGUAUUCAAAUUCUUGCAAAAGUUGAGGGGAUUGACCACUUUGUUAAUGCUGAUGAAUAUCAUACUUACCACCAUAGUGCCAACUCAUCUGAGGUCCUAAACCUGGAACAUUUCAAAGAUUGCCUUAUAGUGAAAAUUCCAGAACCACUAACUUUUAGUAAUACUGAAGACCUAAAAGAGAGAUUGGAUAGAUUAGAAAGGUUUGGAUCCGUAAAUACACAUCCAGGUUCAAGGGAUAUACGUUCUAGGGGAACUGUGAAGUUUGUCAUAUUUGACCUAAAGGGGAUGACUUUUAUUGAUUCAUCUGCAGUUCAAAUUUUAAAGGAAAUUAUAACGGACUAUAAUGAAAGAAACGUUCAAGUACUCCUUUCAAGGGUACCGUUUAAUAAUGAAGUCAGAUUUAAACUACAAAAAUCAGGAAUUUCUGAUUUAAUUAUGAAAUACAGGAUACCUAAUAAUAUAGAUAUGAUGACCAAUUCAACCACAACAAGCGCACAGUUAGGAACUAUGAUAUUAGAUGCACCUUACUUCGCCAAUGUGGAAGAAGCUAUGUUCGCAAUAGAAUGCGCUGUCAACGCUAACUUCCCAUGA